AUGCAGUCCUCUAUUCUCUUCCUGGCUUCUGCCAUGACCUUUAUGUCACACGCCACUGCUGGACUGAUUUCUCCUCGUGAAGAAGCAUCUCUCGCCCAUUUUGAAAUUUUCGGCGAUGAUAACUGCACUACCGCCGAAAGCAUGGGUGAAUUCAACCUUUAUUCUGAGGAUACCGGCAAAUGUCACACAUUUCCCACGGACAAGGCCGUCAAGUCCGUUUACAUUUCUUACAUCAACGAUGAUAAUGCAGGCAAGUACUCUCCGUGUAGUUCCAUUUGA